CAUAAGGCUCAUAAAGCAGGAGAUUAACUGGGGUUGAGGAACACGGAAAACAUCUGAAACACAACACUGCUCUGGGCACAACCAUGUUGACUUGUUGUGUAUGUAUGGAUGUAUCUAAUUCCAAUGAGGCAAAAUGGGACAGCCCACAGUAUUGACUAUAAAAAGCUAAGGCGUCCAGGACAGGACGCACGAUCAGGGGCGGACAUUCGUUUUGUUCUCCUCCUUCACGGUUUGGUCCGACCGAGAGAGAGAGAUCGUGUUAUUUCGGGUAGCUACUAUCGGCAUACGGCAGGUGAGUUCACGACAGCUCACACGGAGUGUAUAGACUACGAGCCUGGCAGUUUAUCUAUCUCUAGUUAAAUAUAGCGAGUGUCCUGGUUUCAGCACUGCAGGUCGUUAACAGCUCCAACAACACCAGAGGAGAGCGGAGAUUUGAAGAGCCCCUCCCCGCCCAAGUAACAACCAGAGCCGGCAGAGUCCAAGCGCAGCCCUGUUGUCAGUUUCAGCACCAACAGCAAGGAAGAGCAGAGCUGUCCAAACAUCCAGCAGUUUGUGACCGCUAUCGUCGGUUGGAUCAUCCACACAACACAACACCCCCAAGACAGCUAUAACCGGGAGUCAUCUAGCGGGAAAUAGCCUACAGCCACCGAUUGAGUGGAUAUUUUAUUUCAGAAUGGCGUCCAAAGGAAUGGGAGUUCUCCUUCUGCUCGAUUUUGCUGUGACUGUCUCCCAGAUUUCUGCUUUUCCCACACCUGCCGAGGAUGAUAAAGCUGUAGUUUACAACAGACGACUGACUGAGGAGAGACCAAUCCAGGAGCAGAUUGCAGAGGCAGAUGAUGUGAAAGCAGCAGUGGAGUCUGCAGACACCAAACCUGCUGUGGAGCCUAAAGAGGUGAAAGAGGCAGAACCAGAACAAGAGAACGAUGACUUCACUCUGCUCAAGUCCCUGGCCGAAGGUCAAAGGUCAAAAGAGACCAAUGAGACGCCGGUCAGAGAAAGCCUGGAGAAGGAGCCUUACUUUCCAGACGAAUCAGAUUCCACCAAGAACCGCCGGCUAGUCGAAGACUAUGACUCAACAAAGAUGGAAAACGGCAAGUACCAAGAUGACCCAGAGAGCUUCAGGCAGGUGGAUGGUACCCCUCUAACGGCUGAAGACAUCGUCCAGAAGAUCGCUACUAAGAUAUACGAGGAGGACGACAGAGGUGUAUUUGACAGGAUUGUCUCCAAGCUGCUCAGACUGGGCCUGAUAACAGACAGCCAGGCAGACAGUUUGGAGUACGAGGUAGCCGAGGCUCUUCAGGAUCUCAUCACUAAGAACGCAAAGAACAAUGAGAUUGAGGACCUGGGAGAGGACUAUCCCGUGACCCGGGGUGACCAGGAUGACCAGAAUCCCGACGCUAGCAUGGAUGUUACUGGUUCCCCCAACCGUCGGUACGAUGAAGAAGAUGAUGAUGAAGAUCAGGCGGCCAUUGAUGACGACGUGGACAGAGGAGAGGAUGACACAGUGGAUAACACCUGGGAUAGAGAGAGUGAGGGAGAAGGGGAGGAGGAGAGGAGUGAGGGAGAGAGAGAUGAGGGAAACGAGUUGAGCCCAGAGGAUGGUCUUCAGGACCUUCAGUACUUCCCCAACUUCUACCGUCUGCUAAAGAGUCUAGACUCAGAGCAAGACUCCCAGGAGAGAGAGACUCUGAUCACUAUCAUGAAGACUCUGAUUGACUUUGUCAAGAUGAUGGUGAAAUAUGGAACCAUCACACCUGAAGAGGGAGUCUCCUACCUUGAGAACCUGGAUGCUAUGAUCGCUCUGCAGACCAAGAAUAAGCUGGGGAAAACACUGGGGAUCCCUGGCAUCAUCCCUCCUACAGGGAAGACCCCAGAGGACGAUGACAACACCAAGGCAGAGGCGGCCAAGAUGCAAAAGGAGUAUGAGAACCUGAAAGACUCAACCAAGGAAGAAGCGCCGUCCACUGAGACCAGAGAUCACCCAGGCAAGUCUGAGAUCUACUUGGAAGCCAUCAGGAAGAACAUUGAGUGGCUGAAGAAACACAACAAAGACGAGGGCAAAGACGAUUACGACCUGUCCAAAUUGAGGGACUUCAUGGACCAACAAGUGGACUCCUACAUUGACAAGGGCAUCAUCGAGAAGGGUGAGGGAGAGACCAUCAAGAGGAUCUAUGGCAGCCUGUAACCUUCAACCAACCUUAAAAUAACCAACAACCAACCUUCAAACACCUACGACCAACCUUCAAAAAACCCACUGGAAAUGUAUGACGAUUGAUAAACCUAUGAAUAGGGCCUAGAGUUGUUCCUGUUCUGGAAACAUGGCUUGGACUCACUCACAAUGAGCAGAAUCCAAACUUGACAUGAUGAUCCCUGAAAGUAACUGACUGAUUUUGGUGUGAAUUCUUACCUUGAUGUCAGUGGGAGUUUGGUGUGAAAGUUUGAGUAAAGCGAGUGGAUCUCAAGUUAGGAUUCGGCCUCUAUGAGAUGAAAGGUAUGACCUUUAUGUAUUAAAAAUAAACCAUUUAGGCAAAAACAUAUUGUAUUUGACAUUUCCAGAAAGCUGGAAUGCAAUAAUGGUAAUAUUAUCACUGAAAGUAUAUAUUUAACUAUACAGCUAGAAAACAAUCAGCAACAGUCCGAUGUCACUGAAUGGCACUGACUCGAUUGGGAAGGGGAAAUUCAAUAGUCCGAUGUCACUGAAUGGCACUGACUCGAUUGGGAAAUUCAAUAGUCCGCUGUCACUGAAUGGCACUGACUCGAUUGGGAAAUUCAAUAGUCCGAUGUCACUGAAUGGCACUGACUCGAUUGGGAAGGGGAAAUUCAAUAGUCCGAUGUCACUGAAUGGCACUGACUCGAUUGUGAAAUUCAAUAGUCAGAUGUCACUGAAUGGCACUGACUCGAUUGGGAAAUUUAAUAGUCAGAUGUCACUGAAUGGCACUGACUCGAUUGGGAAAUUCAAUAGUCCGAUGUCACUGAAUGGCACUGACUCGAUUGGGAAAUUCAAUAGUCAGAUGUCACUGAAUGGCACUGACUCGAUUGGGAAGGGGAAAUUCAAUAGUCCGAUGUCACUGAAUGGCACUGACUCGAUUGGGAAAUUCAAUAGUCCGAUAUCACUGAAUGGCACUGACUCGAUUGGGAAAUUCAAUAGUCCGAUGUCACUGAAUGGCACUGACUCGAUUGGGAAGGGGAAAUUCAAUAGUCCGAUGUCACUGAAUGGCACUGACUCGAUUGGGAAAUUCAAUAGUCCGAUGUCACUGAAUGGCACUGACUCGAUUGGGAAAUUCAAUAGUCCGAUGUCACUGAAUGGCACUGACUCGAUUGGGAAAUUCAAUAGUCCGAUGUCACUGAAUGGCACUGACUCGAUUGGGAAAUUCAAUAGUCCGAUGUCACUGAAUGGCACUGACUCGAUUGGGAAAUUCAAUAGUCAGAUGUCACUGAAUGGCACUGACUCGAUUGGGAAAUUCAAUAGUCAGAUGUCACUGAAUGGCACUGACUCGAUUGGGAAAUUCAAUAGUCAGAUGUCACUGAAUGGCACUGACUCGAUUGGGAAAUUCAAUAGUCCGAUGUCACUGAAUGGCACUGACUCGAUUGGGAAAUUCAAUAGUCAGAUGUCACUGAAUGGCACUGACUCGAUUGGGAAAUUCAAUAGUCCGAUGUCACUGACUCGAUUGGGAAGGGGAAAUUCAAUAGUCCGAUGUCACUGAAUGGCACUGACUCGAUUGGUAAAUUCAAUAGUUAUUCUGUCAAAUCAACUGACUGACUGAUCUACUUACUAGAUGAAAGCUUUGACUACCUUGAGGAGUGAAAUGUUGACCUACUGAGGGGGAAUGAGUGUUCAACCAUCCCAAUGGACACACACUGGUUGACUCAACGUUGUUUCCACGUCAUUACGUUGAACCAAUUUGGAAUAGACGUUGAAUUGAUGUCUGUGCCUAGUGGAAAGGAUGUGUCCCAAAUUGCAUACUAUUCCCUAUUUAGUGCGUUAUUUUUGACUAGGCCCUAUAGGGCUCUGGUUAAAAAUAGUGCACUAUAUAGGAAGUAGGGUGCCAUUUGGUACAGAGAUAGGUCUGAUAGUAGAGUUCCAACUUUAGCUUUCUCAUCAAUUGCAGGUAAUAUGUUUGUCUUUGCAAUAGACUUUUGCAACAAGUACACAUAUAUCUAAAUGUAUUCAUUCUAUGUAAUCUGUCCUAUCAUAUUCUAAUUCUUAUUUUUUCAAUCCAGCAUCAAUGUAAAAUCUAUUGUAUUAAGGCUUUUAACUCAACCAAAAACAGUUGUGUUGUCCAGUAUCAUUUCAGCCCUGUAUGUCCAUCCUCUCCUCUUCGUUCUGGGGUAACUCCUUUGGGGCCCUCCUGUUUUUGUAAUUUCCCUCUAUCUGAUUUCUGCAAAAUGGGUAGUAGUGGGAAGUUGCCUCUAGAUGCUGAUCGUGGAUCAGUUGUAUAUUUUCCCCACUAAUGGUAAAGGUUAGGAUUGUGGGAGGACAAGCUGAUCCUAGAUCUGUCCCCAGCUUCAAUAUGUCUCAGUAUAUUUAACAUGUAUACUACCACUCUAGAGACACAAAAUUAAGUAUUUUUAAAUGUAAAUAUUUGUGAUGUUUUUUCCAAAAAUGUAAAAGCAAUUAAAACAUUGCCUUUCUUAA